CGCCGCCGCCACCGCCGCCCUCCUCAGGAGAGAGAGCGCGCGAGCAAGGCUAGAGUGAGGCUGUGCGAAGCGCCGCAUUUCAAUGAGGACGGGCCAAGGCGCAUCCCUGCACUAGCAGCCACCGCAGCGCAGCCGUCCGCGCUCCCCGCAGCCGCCCCCGCCGCCGCCCCGACCCCAGCCCGGCCCCGCAGCGCCGGCCGCGCCCGCCCGGCGAGGACAGCACCAGAAGGCAGCCCCCAGCGCGGCCACAAAGACCCGAGGCGGCAUCUCUCGGCGGACCGGUGCCACGUGUAGCCGCCCAUCAUGUCGUUUGGCAGAGACAUGGAGCUGGAGCAUUUCGACGAGCGGGACAAGGCGCAGAGGUACAGCCGCGGGUCUCGGGUGAAUGGCCUGCCCAGCCCAACGCACAGUGCCCACUGCAGCUUCUACCGAACCCGCACGCUGCAGACGCUCAGCUCCGAGAAGAAGGCUAAGAAAGUUCGCUUCUAUCGAAAUGGAGAUCGCUACUUCAAAGGGAUUGUGUAUGCCAUCUCCCCUGACCGGUUCCGAUCUUUUGAAGCCCUGCUGGCAGAUUUGACCCGAACUCUGUCGGAUAAUGUGAAUUUGCCCCAGGGAGUGAGGACCAUCUACACCAUUGAUGGGCUCAAGAAAGUUUCCAGCUUGGACCAACUGGUGGAAGGAGAGAGUUAUGUAUGUGGCUCCAUAGAGCCCUUCAAGAAACUGGAGUACACCAAGAACGUGAACCCCAACUGGUCGGUGAAUGUCAAGACCACCUCAGCCUCCCGGGCAGUGUCUUCAUUGGCCACUGCCAAAGGGAGUCCUUCUGAGGUGCGGGAGAAUAAGGAUUUCAUUCGGCCCAAGCUGGUCACCAUCAUCAGAAGUGGGGUGAAACCACGGAAGGCUGUUAGAAUUCUGCUGAACAAGAAGACAGCUCAUUCUUUUGAGCAGGUCCUCACCGAUAUAACUGAUGCUAUCAAGCUGGACUCGGGAGUGGUGAAGCGCCUGUACACAUUGGAUGGGAAACAGGUGAUGUGCCUUCAGGACUUUUUUGGUGACGAUGACAUUUUUAUUGCAUGUGGACCGGAGAAGUUCCGUUACCAGGAUGAUUUCUUGCUAGAUGAAAGUGAAUGUCGCGUGGUGAAGUCCACCUCCUACACCAAAAUAGCUUCAUCAUCCCGCAGGAGCACCACCAAGAGCCCAGGACCUUCACGGCGCAGCAAAUCCCCGGCCUCCACCAGCUCAGUUAAUGGAACCCCUGGUAGUCAGCUUUCUACUCCACGCUCGGGCAAGUCGCCAAGCCCAUCACCCACCAGCCCAGGAAGCCUGCGGAAGCAGAGGAGCUCUCAGCAUGGCGGUUCAUCUACUUCACUUGCAUCCACCAAAGUCUGCAGCUCGAUGGAUGAGAAUGAUGGCCCCGGGGAAGAAGUGUCGGACGAGGGUUUCCAGAUUCCAGCCACAAUCACAGAACGAUAUAAAGUUGGAAGGACAAUAGGAGAUGGGAAUUUUGCUGUUGUCAAAGAAUGUGUAGAAAGGUCGACUGCUAGAGAGUAUGCUCUGAAAAUUAUCAAGAAAAGCAAAUGUCGAGGCAAAGAACACAUGAUCCAGAAUGAGGUAUCUAUUUUAAGAAGAGUGAAGCAUCCCAACAUUGUUCUUCUGAUUGAGGAGAUGGAUGUACCAACUGAACUGUAUCUUGUCAUGGAAUUAGUUAAGGGCGGAGACCUUUUUGAUGCCAUCACUUCCACAAACAAAUACACUGAGCGAGAUGCCAGCGGGAUGCUCUACAACCUGGCCAGUGCCAUCAAAUACCUGCACAGCCUGAACAUCGUCCACCGUGACAUCAAGCCAGAAAACCUGCUGGUGUAUGAGCACCAAGACGGCAGCAAAUCCCUGAAGCUGGGUGACUUUGGACUGGCAACUAUUGUCGACGGCCCAUUGUACACAGUCUGUGGCACCCCAACAUAUGUGGCUCCAGAAAUCAUCGCAGAGACUGGAUACGGCCUCAAGGUGGACAUCUGGGCAGCUGGUGUCAUCACGUACAUCCUGCUGUGCGGUUUCCCUCCAUUCCGUGGAAGUGGUGAUGACCAAGAGGUGCUUUUUGAUCAGAUUUUGAUGGGGCAAGUGGACUUUCCUUCUCCAUACUGGGAUAAUGUUUCUGAUUCGGCAAAGGAGCUCAUCACCAUGAUGCUGUUGGUUGAUGUUGAUCAGCGAUUUUCAGCUGUGCAAGUGCUUGAGCAUCCCUGGGUUAACGAUGAUGGCCUCCCAGAAAAUGAGCAUCAGCUGUCAGUAGCUGGAAAGAUCAAGAAGCAUUUCAACACCGGGCCCAAACCGAACAGCACAGCCGCUGGAGUUUCUGUCAUAGCACUGGACCACGGGUUUACCAUCAAGAGAUCAGGGUCUUUGGACUACUACCAACAACCAGGAAUGUAUUGGAUAAGACCACCGCUCUUGAUAAGGAGAGGCAGGUUUUCCGACGAAGAUGCAACCAGGAUGUGAGGAGCCGGUACAAGGCACAGCCAGCUCCGCCGGAAGUCAACUCGGAAUCGGAAGACUACUCCCCAAGCUCCUCCGAGACUGUUCGCUCCCCCAACUCACCCUUUUAAUAAGACCCUUUUACUCAAAGUCCUAGCUUAACCCUUUGAGACUCAGAAGUUUUUUUUCCCCCCAAUUUAUGUAAAACAGUUUCAUCUGAUCUAUCUAGCACUCAGUGCUUGAAAGGCAGAACAGUGUGUUUUCAGGUAUCUUCCUAGCAAUUUUCCUUUACUGAAUGGCCUGGGGGGGGGGUGUGAAGAUGGUAAUUUGCUGCUAUGGGGUCCUCAAAGGGUUAAGGUUAAUUUGCAGAUUUUUUUUCUAAAUAUAGAAGCAAUGAAUGUUUUCAUCCUUCAAGCUAGGAUCUGCAGUAUAUAGUAGAGUCCAUGUUAACCCUCUGAGUGCAUAGAUUUACUGAGAACCUGUAUUCAGGACUUUUUUCAGGUCUUCGGAUGUAUACACACAUAUUUCUGGAUUUUGCUGCAGAUCGUGGGGUGUUUUUAGAUGCUGGAAUGUCCAAACAAGAAAGGCAUCUGCAAUGAUAAUCUAGCUUGUCCUCAUGGAUUUAGAGCAUGGUAGGCCUAUCGCUUUGGGAUAACACUGCUGUCUUCUUUCACAAUCCUGUUGAGGAAGGGGUGUUUUAAUGGUUGUUAGAUGGUAUGGCUUGUCACCUGCAGUGAGUCCUGCACAUUGAGUGGAGGAAAUUGAGUUUGUGGUCAACAGAAAGAGAGAGAUGGUGCCCCCUGCACAAAACCAUCUCCCUGUGAAGAGGUACUGAUGAUGCCCUAGCCAUGCUGCUUCUACAUCAGCUGCUGCUAGUGCCAGCACAGACCCUCCAGGAAGCACAGUUUGACUCGUGCUGGGUGAGUGGGGGGUCUGUCUGCUUGGUAUCAGACAUUUACUUGAAAGAAAACACCUGGAAGAAAUGAGCAAUAAAUUGCCGGGUGCUCCAAGAGGCUGAAAUUUCUAGCAGAAAGAGAAAAUGGGAGAUCCUAGGCUUUUACUCACCUGGGUUUUCAGGCCCUGUGUCAGUGGGAACUCUGCUCCAGAGUAUGGGAUCCAUACAUGGGAGAGCUGGGGUACAAGAAGCCAGGAGCAAGUGCUUUGCAACAUGGCCAAGGAGAAAGCACGAUUUGAACCCAAUCCAGACUGUUGUAAAAAUAGGUCAUAAAGAAGUGACUUACUGAUAAGAUGAGCCCAUAUACAACUAUAGAUUCUUUAGGUAACCUGUUCUGCCCCCCAGGAAAGAGCACAGUGAGAGACCCAGAAGAAACCCCUGAGGACACAUCUUCCAUUGCUGAAGACAGUUGCCCUAUUCCGCUGUUUUCAGCUGUCCAGGAGGAUGUAGAGAUUUUCCGUCUUUGGGGCCAAGUCCUGUCUGAGACCUGUAUAUUUACUCUGGUUACCAAAACUAUCUCCCUAUCCUUGUACUUCCAGGCCUGUAUUCCUUCUGGAAUAUGCAAGUAUUGUACUUCAGCAUGAUGGCCUUCCGCUUGCUGUGCAUCACACAGGGCUCAGAGGAGGGGAAAUGAAGAUCUCAGGAGAAAGGGACCCAACUGAAGUGUCCUCCUAAGGACUGCUCAAUCCUGUGAUCUGGAGACAACCUGUGAAUGGUGCCUCACAAACAUGGCAUCUGGAUGGCCAAGCAGUAUAUAUACACUUAUAUAGGUCUUUAGACACUGUAGCUCAUUAUCUUUACAAUACAGCCUCCAACACGUGUUAUUCCUCCACCUGUAUGUUCAUCUCCAUGGACUGUGUUGUCUGGAAAUACUCACAAAACCACAAAGUAGCAUAAACCGUGAAGUCCUCUGAGUUGUUUUGGGGGAGGGAGAGGGCAGGCACAGAACUCCAGGGUGCUGGUGUGUGGGUGGAGUCUGUGUGAGUGAAAGUCAUUGAACUAGUCAGGAAUACCUGCUUUCUCUAGAGUGCUGUUCUAAGGCUAGGGGGCAGAUAUAGAGCUUGGCCUGAAUUCUAACUGGGUGAAUGUGAAGGACCUUUCGGGCAGAGGUCUACAUGUAGUCAUUUCCUUUAUGUCUUUGGAUUAGGGCUUUCUUGGGGUACAUUCAGGGUGUUGCAUUGGCAUCCAGUGUACAGAACCCUCUGUGCAUAGCAGGGGCUAUUUGCCGUCAACUCCUGUAGGGGCUGUGGACAGUGUGAGCCUUGAGUGUUUCUCAGCACAGCACAAAGAGGCAGGCAGCUCAGAACAAUGUAGGGCUCCUUCUGCCUGGGGAGCCCAGCACAGCAGCUACAGAAUCAGAGUGAUCCAUGCUGAAUAAAUGGUGGAAUGUGACCUGUCAAGUAGAAAUAUUGAGUAAUCAGGUGGAAUGCAGUCUUUGCAGUGAUAAGCUACCAUGAUCCUGAAUGACAGAGAUGUGCUCAGAGGGUUAACAGACAAGCACAAGGCAUGCCGAUGACGUUGCUGUCUGCAGCUUGCUUUGCUUUUAGCCAGUGCUUUCUAAAGUUUUUUUUCUUCGACAUUCUUGGGAUAGCUCAAGUUUGAAAUAAUUAAGUGGUGAUGUUCUUUAAGGAAUUUCUAUAACCAAAUUGAUUUUAUUUUUUGAUUUCACUUAUCCUAGAACAGCUAUGUACCAUUAUGACAGUGUAUCUCUGUAACUAUCAAUUUAGUCAUCGCCACGAGUGUUUCCAUAUUUUGCUUUCCAAGUAUUUAAUAGAGCUCUUAUGGUGGUGGCUUGGUGGUGGGGACUGUCUUUCCUUUACUGACACAUGACCAAUCAUAUGGUAUUUUCAAGGGGAUUUUAAUAUUCAGCUUUUCAGUUUGAUAAUAGACUAGUUAAAGAAGAACUCUGUCGAUAAUUGCAUUGUGUAAAUCAUCUCUGUAGAGGAGACCUGCUCAUAUUAAUGAACAUGUUUUUUUCUCAAUAUUGUAGCAGAAAUUAUUUUACUUGUCAUGAUCAAUGGAUAUGUGAUUUUCCUCAGAUCAUUAGAAGGAAAAGUAAGAUUUCCAUCAUUGAACAUGUUUUUCCUGUAGACCCUCAUCUAAUCUAAUUUACACGUGGUGCAUAUUAAAAUAGGUAAGGAAUGAUGUGAAUAAACUACUGAAAACACGUGGUGUUUUGUAUUCCGUGAGACCUCCCCACAACCUGCUCAGUAGCCCCAUGGGUGGUGGCUAACAGGCCCAUCAGAUAUUGUUGAAAGAAAGCAAUACAUCCAUGAAUGAAAGCUAAAAUUGCAAUCCUUCGCCCUUUGAGGCAUAUAUCAGUUAAAUGAAAAAAAGAGAAGAAAAAUUGACUUAGCGGGUCAUGGAGCUACUGUAUGACCAAGGCACAUUAAAUCACGAUUGUUUGCUGGCCAACGACUUCUAUUUGACAACUCUGUCCCAGGAGCCCACGUUUGCUUGUGUGGAGGGAGAGCUUUCUCAAUAGGGCUGUUUUGCCCCUAGUCCUUCUCUGGGUAGAGCUCCGUCAACAUUUUCAUGAUAAACUUAUUCUCAAAGGUUUUUAAUUUGACCAUAACAAUGUGCUCCGGGCUGAAGUUUGCUUUAUAGGGUCUGCUGAUUCAAGAGGUAAGAGUUCACUUCUCCCUGUUCCCAACUUUUUUCUAACUCUCCUGAGACAAGAAGAAAGCGUUAAAAUAUCCUGGACAUUCCUUCCAUAAUUGUGAUUUUUAAGUUUUGGACAACACCAAGACCCAUCAGGGUAGCUGUACUCUAAUUAUCCAUUUGGAUGUAGCAUUUUUUUUAGUUAGUGGGUCACUGAGCCUGUAUUAUAGAUAACAUAUCCUUUUGAUAAUGUAUAAGUUAUUAAUUUUUAAAGCACAAUGCAAUAUUUUUUGUCCAAAUGUUUUUUUCUUAACUUGAAGUUGGUCAGUU